AUGGCGUCCGAAAGACGUCUCAAGGAAUCCCUUGAAGCCCUUGGUCUCCUCACCCCGUCCGACCCUGCCCCUACCACCCCAACGCUCUACCCGUCGAUAGCUUGCACUAUUGCGGAGGAACUCGACCCUUCCUUCCCACCGACACCCCCUGACCUUGAGUCCCACCUCGAGCCCCUUCUACGACGCCUGGGCUACUUGGGGGACCCAGCUUCCCCCCUUCCUGUCCUCUCAUUCUUGUCCUCUGCCCUUUGCGCACACCGCAUCCUCGCCUCGCGCGACGUACAGGCCAAGCUCCCGGCAGAUAAUCGCGACGUCAUCCUCGCCGCCGCUGUCUCCCGCCUGCAGGCCGCCAUUCCGCACCCGCAUCGUGCGGCGCCGGAGGAUGCCGAGCAGCUUGCGGCAUUGAUGCAGUCGCUGAGUUUAGCAGUGGAGAAGCAGGUUGCAGAGUCUGCUGGCGUCGAUACGCUGUUUGGGCGCCGACUGUUGGAUGAAGAAGAGGUCGCGAUGGAGGCCGGCGCUUGUGAGAGCUUGCGGAGAGAGUUGGUGAAGGAACAUGAUUUGCGGAAGCGGCUCAUGCUGCAUCGCUUCGAAGUAACUGUCGGCGCGUUCUCGCAGAGUGAACGUGCGGACAAUACCAAGUUUGACACAAUCAUGGAGGGGGUGCGGCAGCUGGCGGGGGAGCAGGGGGAGGUGUCUCACUUUGAAGUUUUGGCUGCGAGGGAGUGGGCGCUGAGACCGGAACGCGCGGUGGCGAGCAUGGAUGAGAGCGGGGUUAAAAAUGUUGUCAUGGGGAGCGUGCCGGAUAGAGGUGGGCGGAUUGGGAGAGGGGCUGGCGCAAAGAUGCCCGGCUUCAGGGCCAGGAUUCCGUUAACAAAUGACCAGGGGAAGGGGAAAAAAGGAAAAGAUUGGAAGGGGAAGGGCGGCAAGCGGCAAAGAGGGCGGGUGUAGUGACUUGAAGAUGACAGGAUGCCGAGAAGCAGUUCAUUCAGCUCUUGCAUGCUCGUGAGUGUAUGCUUGUGCUGGUGGGUUCAUAUAUGGUACUGCACGUUGAAGGUAGAACUACACAGUACCGUAACAAGCUGUUCUACCAUCUGAUAUUGGUGAUAUGAGAACGCUGCAGAAGCGAAUCUUCUGGCCUUCAACGUAAGUGCCUGGAGCCGCCAACCACGUGGAGAUCCAUCCGCAUGCUGCCUACCGAGAAGCGCAGACGACUUUCCUGUCAACAUUUUGGUCACUUCACGUUAGCCGAGCCUCGGUACUCAAGCGGCCACAUCGCAUGGUUUUCAUCCAGCUCUUGGGAGGCGCGUCUGCUAUACGGUAGAAAGGAGCACCAUCAAGUUUUGAGUAUAUUCUUUGACGUGUAUACAGCGGUUGACGUCUUUGUGGAUUCAGAAAAACGUUGUCGGGUAGCUCUUUAUAAUCGUUAUGUUCUGAAACAGAGCUGUUCGUUCGUUUGCGUGCAUUCUUAUAAAGCCAACAAAUACGCACUCUGUCGUUGUGCAAAGUUCGGCAAUUGUC